AGGGUAGGUGUCGAAAUAAGAACAUCUGUUUACUGUCAUGCUAAUUAAUUUAUUUAAAUUUAAUAGUUAUUUAUUCUAAUUUAUUUGUUACAUUAUCAAAAAGUAAUUAUUAUACCCCAAAGUGUGUGGAUUAUUGUUUUGGAUGACUUUAGUGUAAAAUAACAGCACUAACCUGCCACUCGACCUUUACACCCUGACAUUUUGUAUUGACACUGCCUCUCUUCUCAAACACACAACUAUGGACACAUUGUCAACCAUCCUGGAGACACAGAAGACCCUCGAGGCUAACUUCAACAAGAGGUUCCUGGAGUUGGAUUCCAAAUUGAAAACUGCAUCGCCUCAUACCCAUCCCACAAUAGCAAGCCUCAGCAAAGAGGUAAGCAGUUUUAAGGAGCAAAUGUCUGCUAUGCUUGAGCUGCUCCGGCAGCAAAUCCUUGGUAUUCACCGAACAGUGGAUGCUAUGGAGACCCGUCACCGUAGAAAAAACUUGGUGGUCAGUGGAGUUCCGGAGGUGGCUGAUGAGGAUGUUGCUGUAACUAUCGCCACUAUCUGCCAGAGAGAUCUACACUUGCCCGAGGUCACCUGCGCGUCCAUUUCAAUGUGCCACAGGCUUGGAUCUGCGACCCAGGGCAGACCCCGAGCUAUUCUAGUCCGCUUCUCCAAUCUCCAGGCAAGGAAUGCAGUUUGGACCAAGAAAACGGCGCUUAAAGGAUCUUCGGUUGUAAUAUCGGAGUUUCUGACUAAACAUCGACAAACUGUGUUUAUUGAAGCUCGCAAGCACUUUGGUAUGCGUCGAGUGUGGACCAGAGACGGUACUAUUUAUGUCAAGCUGGCCAGCGGAAAGAAAGAACGGCUGUUUACUGCUGAGGAACUCCAUGCUCUGAUUGAGAAGCACCCUAGCAACUCUCGGCGUGCAGCCCCUGCAACAGAGGUGCCUUCGCCUUUGGCCCCUGCAAGCGCCGCGCCUGCGUCGAUGCCCGCUGUUGCUGUCGAGCCCGAGUCUGCUAAGUCUUUGAUUGACAAACGUGCGAGACGAUGUUAAAUAAGGUGCUGUGUUUCCUCCGGUGUUAUUCAUAGUAUUAAGCUGCAGUAACACUCUAUUUUGCUCUCUCGCUCUGAAACUUGCCUUUCUUACACUAGCUAGUUCAUUUAGUUUUAUUUAAUUCAAUUUGCCUAAGGCUACCCUCUUUGUAGUUUUAAUUACAUAGUUAUUUUCAUAUUAAACUUCCUUGUGAGUACUUGUAAAAUAAAAUAAUGAUAUUUUUAUUGACGUUAUGAGUAAAAUAGUAAUGACAUUUUAGCUGUCAACUUUUGUGCGUUUCGUUUUUGCAUGGUAUAAUUAUUAUACUGUUUUUAUCCUUUCUA